UAAGUCCACCGACCUCCACCCGGAACCAACAACAGAAGAAGAAGCAGCGGCAGACCGAGAGGGCCGACGUCCUGCCCGGAUGGUAGUUAGCUGCUCGGCUAUGAUCCACGGAGGCAGCGGAGGUUCACACGGCCGAGCCUCGACCCGACAGACAGACCCACAGCAUGGAGAGCCAAGAAAGAGCCCCGGGUCCUCGCCCCCGGGACACCGGAACCAGAACCCCGUGUGUCGGAUUAUUGAGGGUGUUAUUUAUUGCUUUUAUUCACUCGACGCGGGCCAAUAAACAAGCAUUCAUCCAGUCAGACACAAUACUAGAAGUUUUACAUUUUGGUGAGGGGAGCCUUUUACAGGCAGAGUCGGACAUUGAUUUUAGUUUAUAUCAUCAUCAAAGCGAGGCGCCUCACCGAGGGAACUGCCGCCCGAUACGCUUCGAGCCGCCGAUGUUGGACUUCCACGAACAGCCCGUCGGGAUGCCCAAGAUGGAGAAAGUUUAUUUACAUAAUCCGAGCUCAGAAGAAAUUAGCCUGAUAUCGAUAUCGGCAACAACAGCACAUUUUCAUGCAUCCUUUUUCCAGAAUAGGAUAAUCCCACCAGGAGGAAACACAUCGUUCGAUGUCGUGUUCCUCGCUCGAGUCGUUGGGAACGUAGAAAACACUUUAUUUAUUAACACGUCGCAUCACGGAGUGUUUACAUACCAGGUCUUUGGGGUCGGGAUCCCGAACCCCUACCGGCUGCGGCCCUUCAUCGGGGCUCGAGUCCCCGUAAACAGCAGCUUCUCCCCCCUCAUAAACAUCCACAACCCCUUCAGUGAGCCGCUGCAGGUGGUCGAGAUGUACUCCAGCGGAGGAGACCUUCAUCUAGAGCUUCCUACAGGUCAACAAGGAGGCACCGGAAAAUUAUGGGAGAUCCCUCCCUUUGAGACGAAGGGCGUGAUGAGAGCCAGCUUCUCCUCCAGAGACGUGGACAACCACACGGCCUUCAUCCGCAUCAAGACCAACGCCCCCAACGAGGACCAGUUCAUCAUCCUCCCGGUGGAGGUGGAGGUCACGUCCGCUCCCGGUAUUUACUCGUCUACGGAGAUGCUGGACUUCGGUACUCUGCGCUCACAAGAUCGUCCCAAACUGCUAAAUCUGCACCUUUUAAACUCGGGAACCAAAGACGUUCCCAUCACGAGUGUCCGGACGACGCCGUCAAACGAAGCCGUGGCCGUGGACUUCAAAGCGGUGACACUGAAGGCCGGAGAGAGCAGAUACACCAAAGUAGCAAGUAUUAGUUUUGAUGCCUCAAAGGCCAGAAGGCCGUUUCAGUUCUCUGGGAAGAUAACGGUGAAAGCCAAAGAGAAGAGUUACUCCAAGCUCGAAAUCCCUUACCAGGCAGAGGUUCUGGAUGGCUACCUGGGUUUCGACCACACGGCCACGCUGUUCCACAUCAGGGACAGCCCCGUGGACCCCGUGGACCGACCCAUCUUCCUCACCAACGCCUUCAGCUUCGCCAUCCGGAUCCACAACGUGUCUCUGCCCGAGGAGGCCAGAACCAUGUUCAAUGUGCAGAACCUCAGCGCUCCGAUCCUCAUUCCUCCUCACGAGUCGCGCUACAUCUUCUCGCUCCUCUUCCGGCCGGUCCGACCCUCCAUCCACAUCGACAGCAACAUCCUGCUCAUCACCAACGCAUCCAAGUUCCACCUGCCGGUCCGAGCCUACACCGGCUUCCUAGAGCCUCUCGUCCUGCCUCCCAGUCUGAAGGAGAACAUCUUGGACUUUGGAGUUUGUAGUGCGACCGACACCAGCAGCGUCACGUUUGUGGUGGUCAACAGUAACCCCAUCGAGCUGGAGAUCAAGUCCUGGCUGGUGACGGGCGACAGUCUGUCGAUGGAGCUGCUGAAGACGGAGAAGGGGAACUCCUCGGCGGCCCUGAGUCGCCUCCGAGAGCUGCAGAACAGCUCGGCCUCCCAGCAGAAGACGGUCAUCUUGGCGUCGGGCUACUACGCCGCCUUCAGGGUGACUCUGGUGGCCGCGGCGCUGGAGGGCGCGUACGACGGAGCCGUGCACAUCACCACGGACUACGAGAUACUCACCAUCCCAGUGAGAGCGCUCAUCGCCGUGGGGACCCUGAACAGCUCUCCCAAGCACAUCGUCCUGCCAGCUUCAUUUCCAGGUAAAGUCGUCCAUCAGAGCUUCAGCAUCCAGAGCUCCUUCACCCAGAAGGUCCGGCUGCAGCAGAUCCGCUCGCUGACCGAAGACAUCCGCUUCUACUACAAGCGGCUCCGCAACAACAAAGACGAGCUGGAGCCACGCAGGAAGUCCAAGGUGGCAAACAUUUAUUUUGACGCCAGCCUGCAGUGUGGGGACCAGUGCUACGUGGGGCUGCCCUUUGUGCUGAAGGCGGAGUCUAAGCCUCACGGGCUCACCCUGCAGGAGGACAUCUGGGACGCCGACGUCGACCUCCACCAGAAGCUCCUGCGGCGCUGGAAGGAGCUCAAGGAGCGCUCGGGCCACAGCGUUGAAGCCGUCUUCGAAGUCAACACGGACCUCCAGAAGAACGUUCAGGCCAGAAUCACGGCUCACCUGACGUGGCCCUCGCUGGUCAACUCCUCCCGGAGCAUCCUGUUCCCCCUGACCAACACCAACGGGUCCUCCGAGGAGGAGGUGAUCCUGCAGAACCCGGCUGACGUGCUGGUCUACGUCCAGGUCCUCCCCUUGGCCCUGUUGCCCAACCCCUCUGUGUUCUCUGGGAAGCUGGCUGACAGGUUGCCGUUUGGAAAUCUGUCCAACAUCAACAUCGACACGAGCACUUUGGAGUUCCAGGUUCACAGGAAUCAGACGUCGGUCCUGAGGAGCAGCUCGGGCUUCGUGGAGGGGUCAACCAGACCUUUUGUGUACAACCUCCUCCUGCUGCCCGGAGAGGUCAAGGCCUUCAGCGUGAGGUUCACUCCCACCAGCAACCACAGCGUCUCCUCCCUCCUCAUCGUCAGGAACAACCUGACGGUGAUCGACACCAUCGUGCUUCACGGUCGAGGAACCACGGAGAGCCUGAAGGUCGCCGGGAAGCCGCCGGGACACGGCAGCUCCCUGAGGUUUAAGAUGACGGAGGCGCUGCUGAAGGACUGCAUGGACCGAGUGAAAGUGAAGGAACCGAACUUCACCCUGAAGAGAACGUUCCGGGUGGAGAACACGGGUCUGCUGCCCAUCACCAUCCGGCCGGCUCAGAUCAACGGACAGGUGUGCGAAGGUUACGGGUUCAAGGUUCUGAACUGUCAGGACUUUGACCUAAAGCCCAACGCGUCCAAAGACCUCAUCAUACUGUUCACACCCGACUUCACCUCCUCUCGAGUGAUCCGGGAGCUGAAGCUGGUGACGUGCGGAGGUUCAGAGUUCGUGUUUGUCCUGAACGCCUCGCUGCCCUACCACAUGCUGGCGUCCUGCGCGGAGACGCUGCCCCGGCCGAGCUGGGAGCUGGAGCUCUACGUCAUCGUGUCGCUCAUCAUGAGCUCCAUGUUCCUGCUGGUCAUCGCCACGGCCUACCUGGAGGCGCAGAGCAUCUGGGAGCCCUUCAAGAGGCGCGUGUCGGUGGAGGCCAACUCCUCCAUGGAGACGGGGAGGCCCUUCAACCUCAGGGAGAUCGUGCAGAUUCACAGUGACUCAAAGUUGAACGACUUCGCCGACGGCGCUCCGGCCUCCAGAGGAGCGUUGGCCUCCAGCAACGGGGCGGCUCGGGUCGGAGGCCGGCAGGGAACCGGCCGCACCUUCUCCGACUCGGACAGCCAGGACAAGAGGACCCGGACCUUCGGCCGCCCGGCGACGCAGACCGCUGCCUCUCAGCUGGCCAGAGGAAGUACGACCCCGGGCCCUGAAUGCCCCCCCCCUCCUCCCCCCGCCGCCUGCCAGCUGACCAACCGGAAGGCUCGGAGCGCCAAACAGCCGGAGCUCCAGAGGGGCCUCAGCCCCGAGGAGGCGGAGUACGCCAACCUGAUCGGAGCCAUGGACCAAGACCUGGACCGCCCGGACCCGCUGAGCGGCGAGGCGCUGCAGGACCAGAGCGCCCAGUCCGUACAGAACAAAGGGUUGGAAUCCAAAGGGAAACUCCGGGGGAAAACAAAAGCCCAGCGGAAGAAGGAGGAGAAGGAGAAGAAGCCGGCGGUCAAGACUCUGGGAGACGAGCUAAAGGACAACAUGGCCGACAACGACGACAGCUCCUCCACGACCACGGAGACGUCCAACCCGGACACGGAGCCCAGCAUCAAAGAGGAACCAAUGAAAAAGAAAGGAAGGACAGUAACGACGGCAAAAGUAAAAGAAGAAACUUCUACCUUCCUCAUUAAGCCCAAAACCAAGAAACCGGGCCCCCCGAAGAAGGAGAACCCGGCAGAGAAGUCCAGCUCUCUGGAGCUGCCGUACGUCACGCCGCUGGAGAACAAGCAACGCAAGAGCUUCACGUCCAAAGCGCCGCUUCCUGUGAGCGGCGCCCCGAAGGCCCGGCCGACGCAGAAGAGAUUUGAAGGGAAGCUGGAGGACGGACGCCCCUCCCUGCUGGCCGGCGGCCCGAUGCCCGAUGGCCACAGCAGCAGCUCCGACGGAGAGAAGGACUUCGCUGCUCCUGAGUGGGACGUCCCGCUGUCCAACCACUGCGUCCAAGCAGACUGCAGUCUGCAGCAGAUCUCCCUCCAGACCCUGAAUGCAGACCCGUUCCUGAAGAGGACCUCCUCCACAGCAGAGACCUGUUCCCCUCCCCCCACCUCCCCCGUGCUCUUGUCCCGGGGCUCCUACAGCAGCGUGCUCAACAGCAACAGUGAGGGGAACCAGAAGAAGGCUCCAGGUAACAAGCUGUGUGCAGCACCCCCCCUCCCAGGGAAGAACGGGACCCCCACCUUCGCUGCUGUGGCUGCCGGCUACGACAAGAGCCCAGGUGGAUCUGGUCCAGGGAAGACCGACAAGCCUCUGGCUCACAUGACGUCAGUGGAGAGCGAAGGCUCCGACAGCUCUGGACUGUGGAGCCCCAUCGACUCGGCCGGGAGUCCAAACUUCCAUUGUGCCAACUCCUUCUCUGCUUUCGGACCCAACAGCUCCUUCAACCUGACCAAAGUUUUCAGUGGGAUGAACGUCCCGAAGUCCUCGGAGCCUCAGCAGAGCUGGCCGGAGUUUAGCUCCGCCUCCUCCAUCUGGGACACGCCCAGCAGCGACUCCCUGCACACGUGGCCGAGCAGCUCCGGCUCCCCGACGGCGCCGACCGCCUCCCUCCUGGGCAGCGGCCGGAACCCCUGGUCGGCCUCGACGCCCUUCGGCAGCUCCAUCUGGUCGACGAGCGCGGACUCUGCGCUGCACCCGUUCCCUCCGCCGCCCGGUUCCAUCGCGCUGACCGACCUGGUCGGCGUCCCCGCCCCGUCGCCGCCGCCCGUCGCCGCCACCACCGAGUUGAGUCGGACCUACAACCCGUGGAACAUGUGGCGGCCGACCCUGAGCCGGCGCAGCUCCGAGCCGUGGCCCAGCUCCUCCGACACUUAGCACUUAGCGGACGUCUUUUCUAACCGGAGAACGCCGUGUUACCGUGGUAACGGGUCGGCUAGUUCUCUGCAGCUUUUUAUUUCCCGGGGGGCAGAAGUGCUAACUUUUAAUUUGUAUUUGUUUUAACAGGCGCCCUAAAGUAAGACUGCUGGCAGCAUGCUAUGCUAACGGUAGCAUUGUAUGCUAAUGGCAGCGCGGACAUUUAGCUCUUAAAGUGACGCCGCCUCGUUCCCAGAGGUCCGGUCCACGUCGCUGAUGUUCAGUAUUAAUGUUUUCACCAUCGUUUUGCUUUCGUUUUGGUUUUGAAAAGUCCAAGAAUUUGAAAUCUGAAAAAUAAGUUUCCUCAGAACGCCAAACGUUUAGUUUUAAGAAGAAUAACCAAAACGCCCUCUGUGAGAACACGUUGGUGAUGAAACACUUUGAGUUCCUACUGAACGUCGCCUCAUUGGUCAGCUAAUUUAAAUAAAGGUUUUCAGCACAA